UGAGAAGCAAAAUCUACUGAAGGUCGGAAUGAACUGAUGAAUUAAAUUUACUAGUAUGUCAUAACCUUGAGUUUGACUGGAAAGGAUGAGAAUCCUAAAACGACCUUGGAGAGUUCUGCUGUCACAGCACAGGCUCAACCACAUAGCUAGCAGACUGGCUUCAUCAAAAGCAGUUAGAAGUCACAGAGUUUUGAUAUCAUCAUCAACAAAUAUUUAUGAAAAUCUUGCAUUAGAAGACUGGUUGUUUGAAAACACAGAUUUUCAGAGAGAGUCAGUACUGUUACUAUGGCGAAAUAAGCCUUGUGUUGUGUUUGGUAGACAUCAGAAUCCCUGGGUGGAGUGUAAUGUUCCCUACUGUCAGAAAUAUGAAGUGGAUCUUGUUAGGCGUAAAAGUGGAGGAGGGACUGUAUAUCAUGAUGAGGGGAAUCUCAAUUGUUCAUUCUUGAUGGAAAACUCACUGUACAACAGACGAAGAAACCUACAACUGGUUGUUGAUGCACUGAAAUCACACUGGGCUAUUCCACUCUCCAUCAAUAAAAGAGAUGAUAUCAUAUAUCAAGAUAAAUACAAGAUAUCAGGAACAGCAUCUAAACUAGGAGGAAAGAAAACAUAUCAUCACUUUACGUUGCUGUAUAAUGUCGACAAAGAAGAAUUGCAAAAUAGCCUGCACUCUAACUUGGAAGGUGUCAGUAGUAAAGCUACAGCAAGUUUAAAGAUGUCAGUGACAAAUCUGGCAGAUCAUUUUCCUGAUGUUGACUUCACUUCUCUGGUUGAUGUUAUCAGUGAAAAAUUUGUUCAGAAUGAUCAGAUGAGAAGUGUACAAACUGUUGAUCCUCAUGACACAAAUCUCUUUCCUGGUGUAGAUAAUCAUCUGACAGAACUGAAGUCUUGGGAGUGGAUAUUUGGCAAGACGCCACCAUUUUCUAUACAACGUACGUUCCACGGAAAGACAGAAACUAUGAACAUCCUCAGUGUGAAUGUUGACAUAACAAAAGGUCGGAUACAUAACUUACAGUUAAAGGAAUUAAAUGUGUUAAAUUCUAAAGAUAUCGACAGUCGAGUGUUUUUAACAUUACGGAUAGGAAUAGAAGACACGAAGCUCUGUCCGAAUGAAGUGCGUAAAAGUCUGUCAAAAGUGAAAAUGGAAUGGAUUGCAGAUCAGCUUUAUACCGUUGAUACACGCGAGUAUCUAGACUGGCUUCUACAAUGUGUAAUGGAAACAUUAGCAAUAUUUAACACACAGACAUCUACUUCAGCUACAUGGGAUAAUGAUGUGUCUUCUCACUGAUCAGGAAACUGAUUUUUCCAAAUUUGAUCGAAAGGUUUUGAGUUUAAGGCUGAAGGAUGCUAAAAUCAAAUAUGGAGGACACAUCAUCGCAAGGAAAUUAUGUGUAGUCCUAUUAUCAUAGGGGGCAUUGCACCAGAUUUAUACAUAUUCCUCCCAAUUUUUACCAUACUGUAAAAGCACAUAUUUUCACAGGGUCAAAUUUCGCGAAUUUGAAUUUUUGAGUAUGUUCGUGUGGUUAAAUAUUCGUCAAAUUAUAAAAAUAGUUUCAUACAUGAAUUUGAAUUAUACUAAUGGCGAAUAUUUACCCGAGGAUUAAUUUUCGCGAGAUGUAGGGCCUUGAGAUUAUAGCGAAAAGUAAACCUUCGCGAAAAUUUCUGCUUAUACAGUAUUUAAGUAAUUACACCUAUCACUUAGGUAGCUGUGAAAGGAGCAAAAUGUUUGUUUAUGAGUUAUUCAGUGUUUCAAGCAAUGUAAACAUAUGAAUUAUUAGUAAACGGCAGGGAAUUACAUAAAUUCAUUUGAGUAAGCUCAAGCUUUUGAUGCUCAAACAGUGUUUCACUGUAUCUAUAAAAAGUAAAAACAUGAUUCAAUAAUUUCUCUACAUCAUAUAGGUAAUUUUAUUUUAUGAUACAGUAUAUCAACUCUAUUACUCGUACUGUCAUUCAAGCCGUAGCAUUAUUUUAAAAAGCAUGAACAUUAUUUGACAGGUUUGUAUUGACCAAGGCAGUAAGGGGAAUUUUUCAGGAGGUGCUAAAAUUACUAUCAGUAAGGUUGCUAAAGUUUGUUUUGUUAUUUUAGGAAAGUGGGAUUGUUUUUAUCUGUGGAAUAACUUUGAUCUACUAUAGUGCCAUAGUGAAAACACAUAUUAAAGAGAAUUCCUAUAGUUUUUUUUUUAUUUCAUAGAUUUUUUUUUCAAAUUCACAUAUCUGAUAGGAAAUUGUGUGCUGAAAACAAUGAACAAAUAAAAAAAUGGGCCACUCAGCUUGUUUUUGCAAAAAAUUGUUUUGAACACACCCACUGUUGCUGAAACUGCUAGCGACUUUUCAACAUUUUCAUAAUUUUCUGCUUUUUUUAUAAAUACCAACAAAAACAUGAAUCAAGACAGCACAAUAAGUUUUAUAUAUUUAUUUCAUAUUUGUAAUACAAUAUCAUUACAAUGAUGGGUACAAAUGAAAAAAAAAAUCUUGUUUCAUAUUCACUUUUAUGAACUUUUUUUCAAUGAAAAAUACUCAUAGUAAAGAAUAUUUUUUUAAAUUUUGAAAAAAAAAAUGUUUUAUAGAAUUUUUUUCUGUUUUCCUUUUGUAUAGAUAAUUGUAUUGUGAACAUAAAAAUGGCCAAAAAAGUAUGGGUCACCAGGCUAAAUUGUAUGUUAAGACUGCUUGAAUACAACACCUGUUCAGAUGAAAAAAUGGCCUGAACUUGACCAAAUUGAUUAUAUCUGCUAGAAAUUAAAAAAUAUUCUAUAUCCUUUCUAUAAUUGAAUACUAAAUGAUUUGAAAAGAGAUAUUGUCUUAUCAGUACAAAGUUAAUUGUCUUACAUUAUAUGAACAAUACUGUCUUUGUACUAAAAUGUGCUGUCAAAACACAGCCACAAAUGGCAUGUUGCAUGAUACAUGUCAGGCAUGAUACAUGUCUAUACAACAUAAACCAGUAUCAACAUUUGAUUACUGAUAAAACUUAUUGCAAAAUGUUAUUUUAUACAAGAUUCCUCAUAUUUAAGAUUGUCUAUCACAUGUUUCAACAAAUGUUGACUUCACUUCACUUUUUCCAUAGAUAGUAUCGGCUGGGCAGAAAGAUGCGCAUAAAAAACUAUAGGAACUCCCUUUAAUUAACAUUAUAAUAAUUAAAAACACUUCUAAAGUUUAUCUUAAUCACUCUCAGCACCUUAUUUCUGAUGGAAUACAUCGCCGCCAAGGUUUGGGAGAAGAGUCGCCACUUUAUCCUUUAACGCUGAGCACCAGGCAAGGAAAAUGCUUGUAUCAUUUUAAACAUUUCUUUGGUUUGAGGUGGACAGGGAGCAAACUAAGGAUCAUUUGUGUUCAAAGUUUGUGUUUUUAGCUCACCUGUCACAUAGUGACAAGGUGAGCUCUUGUGAUUGCGUGGUGUCCGUCGUCCGUCCGUGCAUCAGUGCGUCCGUGCGUCCGUAAACUUUUGCUUGUGACCACUCUAGAGGUCACAUUUUUUGUGGAAUCUUUAUGAAAGUUAGUCAGAAUGUUCAUCUUAAUGAUAUCUAGGUCAAGUUCGAAACUGGGUCACAUGCCAUCAAAAACUAGGUCAGUAGGUCUAAAAAUAGAAAAACCUUGUGACCUCUUUAGAGGCCAUACUUGUGAAUGGAUUUCCAUAAAAAUUGGUCAGAAUGUUCAUCUUGAUGAUAUCUAGGUCAUGUUUGAAAGUGGGUCACGUGCCAUCAAAAAGUAGGUCAGUAGGUCAAAUAAUGAAAAAACGUUGUGUCCUCUCUAGAGGCCAUAUUUUUCAUGUGAUCUGUAUGAAAUUCGGUCUGAAUGUUGAUCUUGAUGAUAUAUAGUUCAGAUUUGAAACUGGGUCAACUGCGAUCAAAAACUAGGUCAGUAGGUCUUGAAAUAGAAAAACCUUGCGACCUCUCUAGAGGCCAUACCCUUGAAUGGAUCUUCAUGAAAAUUAGUGAGAAUGUUCACCUUGAUGAUAUCUAGGUAAAUUUCAAAACAGGGUCACGUACCUUCGAAAACUAGGUCAAUAUGUCAAAUAAUAGAAAAACCUUGUGACCUCUCUAGAGACCAUAUUUUUCAGUGGAUCUUCAUGAAAAUUGGUCAGCAUUUUUAUCUUGAUAAUAUCUAGAUCAAGUUCAAAACUGGGUCACAUGAGCUCAAAAACUAGGUCACUAUGUCAGAUAAUAGAAAAAACGACGUCAUACUCAAAACUGCGUCAUGUGGGAAGAGGUGAGCGAUUCAGGACCAUCAUGGUCCUCUUGUCCUAUAAAGGUACUGUACUCAGCAUGUAGAAUAAGUAUUCAUUAAGUCAUGCAAUAAAAUUGGAUGUUAAAAAUGAGGAAUUUAGCAGUAAUUCAUAUCGGCACAGAAACUCAGGUAUUGUAGAAUUGAUUUAGAUUCAUGAGAAAAAGAAUGUUUUUAUUUCGAUGUAAACGAGAUGUGAAACCAAAAUUUGUAGUCCUGUUUGCCUAAACUGUGUUGGUGUGCCGUAAAACCCAAAUAAAUAAAUAAAUGAGAAAAAGAAACUACAUGUACAUACAGUGCCAGUGGAAAUAAAGUGUUUAAGAUAGUUUGCCUGUAGAAACUGUUCCUAUGUUACUGUAGUCUUUUGGAUUGUUAAGUAUUAUUAAAAAUGAAA